AUGCAGGUCGACUCAUUACUUUGUACUGCCACCUGUGACCGUGAGGCUGCAGGGACCGUCGUCACAUUCACGCAGGACUCAAAGAUCACAGUAUUUCAGCCGCAGUCGACCAUGGAAGCUGCUAUUUCUGUCCUGGUGGCUCAGUUCAAGGCUUACGCCGGGAAAGAUGGAUCUGCCCAAAGUCUGAGCAAAGAGGAGUUUCAAAAACUCGUCAGCGAUCAACUCCCGAACUUGGUCCAGCUCGGCUCGGAUCCUCAGGCAGUGGACCAGCUCAUGAACUCCCUGGAUGAAAACAACGACGGGGAACUGACUUUCUCUGAGUUUUGGCAGCUCAUCGGAAAGCUGGCCGGCAAACAAGGAGCGUUCCAUUAG